UAGCUCACUGUUAGAGGGUUAGCACAGGAAGGAAAUGUAGAGACAGAGAGGGGAAGACAGCAGUGAAGGGUCACCGGGGUUUUCCACCGUGUAGGAUUAGUAGAGGUACGAGAAGUAGGUAAGGCAGAGUGAAGAAGGGAAACAUUUUUUCAGUCACAAGCAGAUCAGAGAAAGAGUCGAGGUAGAAGAUAGUGAGGCCGACACAGAGAGGCGAGACCUUCGAGUCGUGCUAUCACAGCUGUGCUAAGUGAAACAGUUUUACAGUGAAAGGUUAGGAUUAAAAGGAAGUGGCUUCAGACAUUUUAAAGUCCAGUGGAGUGAAUGGGAAACAACGAUGAGCUGUUCAGAUGAGGAUAAAUACACCACUAAAGAUGGGAGAUGCUGUGAUAAAUGCCCUGCAGGAAGCUACGUUCGAGCCGAAUGCGACGACACAAAGAAGACUGAAUGUGCCGAUUGUGCUCGUGGGCACUUCACGGCCACCCCGAAUUUUUUGACUAAAUGUCGAGGCUGCAGAAGCUGCACAUCCCAUAAGAACCAGAGGAAAGUGAUGGACUGUAUGGCUCAGGAGGACACAGUGUGUGAGUGUGUGCCUGGUUUCAUCUGUAGUAACACACAGUGUGACCACUGCCAGAAAGUGAAGUUCUGCAGCCUUGGUCAAGGGGUCAAAAAACAAGCCACUCGCACAAAUGACACAGUCUGUGGCGUUUGUGAAGAGGGGACGUUCAGCAACGUGACAGAUUUCCACUCUCCGUGUCAAACUCACACAAGAUGUGAAGAUUUGGGAAGGUUGGUGAAAACUCCAGGAACACGGACAGCAGACGCCGUCUGUGGUGAUUUCAAAUCAUAUUGUCACUGGAUCAUUCCUGCGGGCCUGUGGUCAGGACUGGUGUUGACUGCACUCAUCCUGUUUGGUCUCAUCUGCUGGAGGACGAAACGCAAGUCAUCCAGAACAGCCAGUCCCACAGUCCCUGUCAGAUUUAUUGACAUGACUCCAGCAGAACCUCCCUGUCCUUUCGAGCUGCCGUUACCAUCCAAAGAGCAGAACGGUCACUGUACAGAGAGCUGUCUGGAGGAGAGCUGCAAGUUACCGCUGUUUACUCCAGAUGAUAAUGUGGUCAACGUCUGCACAGAAGACAGUGUGAGCAGCAGCCUUCCUAUAACUCCACUGAAGGCUUCGGUCUCUUUCGCUGAACCGAUCCAAGUCAAUGGGAAUGUGGGGUACGGUCCUGGAAACUUCCUCAGGACGCCCUCAGAGCCACAGGAGGAUGAGUGGUGUGGGACAGAAGUGUCGUAACAGAGCUCAGAGUCCCUCUCUGGAGACUUUUUAAUCUUUAAACUGAACUUAUUUAUACUAUAAAAGAAAGUUUCUCUAAGUGGAGAGGUUCAAGUUCUGUUUUGGGAGCAAAAUGGUGGAAUAAAGUUUGCUGCCCCCUCCAGGAUGAUAAAUGGAAUUUCAGCUCAUAUUAUUCUAUAUUUACAAUGUACCUUACAGUUAAAAAAUAGACAUGAAAAUGUCCAGUAUUUAUGCCUUUUCUUCUGAUGUGAGAUAGAAUCAGAAGAAUCCCCUGUAAAAGGGAAUUGUUCAUGUGUCUGUCAUAUGUGGCUGCAUGUCUUUUGUUUUCAUAUCUAUUUUUUUUUUACCGUUUUUAACAAAUAUUACAUAGAUGUGUGUAUGUCUAAGCAGCCAGAUGUAGCUUGUUCCUACAUAGCAGUGCUUCUCAGCUGGUAAAACAAACAGCUGUUUUCAGUGGGCCUCAGAAGAGAGCCUGGAAAAUAAAACAUUUUAAUAGUUUACAAUGUACGGAAACCCUAAGAUGCCAUGCAUCCAUACAGAGUAAUAUAACUCCACUUGCCAGUGACCAUUUGUAAAUUUUGGCUUUUAACUUGAGAUCUCAGCUUCUUUAUCCAAUUAUUUCAGAAUAACAAAGCUGCCUUUAUCAACAUAAUGUGAACUUUACUUGAGAGCUCUAGAAAAUAACCAGAAUUUACAUAUUAUCACAGCAACACUGAGUAAAAUAAAACAUACAUGCAUGUCUGUAAUGAGGCACUUUUAAAACGGUUGGUUUUGUCUCGUCCCUUGUUUGAUCGUGUUUUUGUUCAAUCUAAGAUCCAAUCUGAAAUAUUUUCAUUAAACAGCUUUCAGUGUA